AUGGAAUUUCUUAGUCGAAAUGAAAUUAAACACAUACUUCAACAAUGUGGAAUUUUAUCAGUUAGCGAAUUAAAAUGGUCUGUAGAAAAUUAUUCGGAAAAACUGAUAGGUCUUCUAGGAGAACAUCUAAGCUUAAAGAUAUCAUUUCAGAAAAAUGGUGUUACAGUUGAAAAACAAUUUUUUGUUAAAUGUAUACCACGGUUCAAUGAAGAACAAGCAAGGCUCUUACGUAAUACUGACUUUUUUGCCAAGGAAUACAUUAUGUUGAGCAAAUUGUUUAAGAAUUUCAAAGAAGGUGAUGGCGCUCGAAAAUUUCGUCCAAAGUUGUUUUAUGCAAAAGAAGAGCUAUUUGUAUUUGAGGAUGUUAAACUUAUGGGAUAUACGAUGCCAAAUCUAUAUAUUAAUUUGGAAUAUGAUGAAAUACUAGCUACUGUAGCCGCAGUGGCAAAAUUUCAUGCGCAAUCGUACAUUUUCGAAGAACAUCAAAGUAAAAAAUUAAAAAGACCAUAUAAAAUAUGGGAAGAUUACAGUGAAUAUCUAAAUGACUCAGUCAAUAAUAUGCCAUGGCGUGACACAGGAAUGAAAGCUCUUAUCGAUUUUUUAAAGAUUUUUUCAGAAUUUAAGUCAAAAUCUAACGUUAUGAGUAAAAUUGAAGAAAAAAUACCAAAUCUCUUUAAGCAAGCCAGUGAUCUGAUGAAACCUAGUUCAAAGUACAGAAAUGUAGUCGUUCACAGAGACAUUUGGACGAACAAUAUUCUUCUUAAAACGUUAGAGAACGGACAGUUGCAUGCAUUAAUAGUGGAUUUUCAAACUGUUGUGUAUUGUGCGCCUAUGCUUGAUUUAUCGUCACUUCUGUAUUUCAAUACUUCAAAGGAAUUCAGAGCGACUUAUACUGAAAGAAUCAUUGAAUUUUACUACGACAUCUUAAAACAGGAGCUACAAUUCGAAAAUAUAAAUAUACUUUCUAUAGUAGACAAACAAAGCAUACUUGAAUCGUAUGAAGAAAGUGCCGUCUUUGGGAUGACGCAAGCGGCAUUAAUCGUUCCUAUAAUGUUACUCGAUGAGGAAAGGAAACAAGUGUAUAAUGAUCCUAUGUACAUUGCAACACUAAAUUUCGUAUCGCGUAGUCAAAUAUUUAUUGAUUUAGCAAAAGAAGAUAAUAAAUAUCGUGAAAGAGUUCUCGAACUUUUUGAUGAAAUAGCAGAAAAAAUUGUAAAUUCGCUAAACCUGAAAAAUAGU